CUUCCCUACAGGCCGGCUCCUGCCGCAUCACGCAUGACGUACUGGGGCAGUGCGACUAGUGAGGGGUGACCUCAUCUCCAGGCGCCGGAAGUGGCGGCCUAGCCGGUGUCUGCUCUCCGCCUGCCUGGGGCUGGGCACUAUGAGCGCAGAUGAUGAGCUAAAUCUCUUAGUCAUCAUUGUUGACACCAACCCUAUCUGGUGGGGGAAGAAAGUGCUAGGGGAAUCAGAGUUUACAUUAUCAAAAUGCCUGGAUGCAGUAAUGGUGAUGGGAAAUUCACAUCUAUUUAUGAAUCGCAGCAACAAACUUGCUGUAAUAGCAAGUCAUACACAAGAAAGUCGUUUCUUGUACCCUGGAAAGCACUGGGCAUUUGCAGAUCUCUUUGGAGAUGGUGGUAGUUUCGUAGAAUCUAAUUGCUCUGGCAGCAAAGAUGGAAAAUAUGAAUUAUUAACUGCAAUAAAUGAAGUAAUCGCAGAGGAGCUUAAAGACCUGAUGACAAAAACUGACAUGAAGGGCCAGCAAACGGAAACUUUGUUGGCAGGAUCACUUGCUAAAGCACUUUGUUAUAUUCACAGGAUGAACAAGGAAGUAAAAGCCAGCCAAGAUAUUAAAUCAAGAAUUUUGGUCAUAAAAGCUGCAGAAGACAGUGCAUUGCAGUAUAUGAAUUUCAUGAAUGUGAUCUUUGCAGCACAGAAACAGAAUAUUUUGAUUGAUGCCUGUGUUUUGGACUCUGAUUCAGGACUCCUACAGCAGGCUUGUGACAUUACAGGAGGCAAAUACUUGAAAGUGCCCCGGAUGCCAUCCCUUUUGCAGUAUUUGCUGUGGGUAUUUCUUCCUGAUCAAGAGCAAAGAUCCCAACUAAUCCUUCCACCCCCCAUUCAUGUUGACUAUCGAGCGGCUUGCUUCUGUCAUCGAAAUCUCAUUGAAAUAGGUUAUGUCUGCUCUGUGUGUUUGUCAAUAUUCUGCAACUUCAGCCCUAUUUGUAGCACAUGCGAGACUGCUUUUAAGAUUUCAUUACCACCUGUCAUGAAGGCCAAGAAAAAGAAACUAAAACUAGCUAUAUAGCAACCUUAUAGAAACGCACCAACCAUUACCUCCUGCAUGUAAUUCCAUGAAACAGCAUGUAGCUGAGAAGGUGGCAUUUUUUUAUAGGUGUGAAAGAAAUAAUUGUUCAAAGUGUUCAAAUCUAUGUUGCUAAACAUUUAAAAACAUCACAAAUGUUGUAUGCACCAUCCCUAUAAGCAACAAAUGGUUGUAUUGGUGCAUGCUCUGUAUUAUUUUAAAAUCAAAUCUCCUAUUUGUGACUAUCAGGAGCCAGAAACUGCUUGUAUAAAGCAGAGGGUGCACUUACCAUCGUAGAACAACAUAAUAGCAUCCCCGAGUCUGUUUACAGUUAGAGACAGAAUGCAAAUAUUUAGGCCCUGAUCCUGCAUGAAUGUUAAAGUAAAAGUAAGCAUGGCUGUGUAUGUUUGCAGGUUCCAGGCUGUAGUGUUAUGGAUAGAUUCUAUAGUUCUUUUCAACACGGUUUGUAGUUCAAUUUCAUUUGUGAAGAGGCAAGUUUGAUAUAUAUUUUUCCUUUUCCCCCCACUAAAUUCCCUUUUAGUGGGUAUUAUCUGCUUUAAGUGUGUUUUAUUCUUUUCUCACUUUGAUAUCUUCUCCCCAAAAUGAAAGUAGUCUGAAAAUUAUUCACCUGAAUAAUCUAUUACCAGGUAAUACAGAGAUGAGUAAUUUUCCUUUUGAAGUUCAGCAACAGAAGCAUCUGUGUAUUUUUUUUUUUUCUUUCAUGUGCAGGGAUUUGUUUUUAUGAUAUUUUGAAACUGGAAAACAGUUAAUUGUCUGAAAUCUGAUCACAAGUUUCUUUUUUAGAUUGACUAGCACCGAAGAAA